AAUAAAAAAAAGAAAGAUGUCAGGUGAAUUUAGGCAUUCCUCACCGGUGGGCUGCUAACCUCGUUGUUGCGUUUAAUUUUUUCACAAUUUUUUUGUUUAAACGUGAGUUUUUAGAAAAAAAAAUCGUUUCACCACCCCCGCGCUAUAAUUAUGUUCCCAAGCUCCUAUGGUGUCCUCUAUAAAACACCAGAUUACUAUCAUCCGCCCGAAGACACUACAGCACUGGCCUCGAACACUUACUAUCCCAAUCUGAAUUCCCGCGACUACGCCAAACGUCCACACAAUCGUCAGCUACGCAUUCAUCCAGCAUGGGAAUGUGUAGCAGCGAAUGUGGAUGGAACUUAUGCUUUAGCUACAAAUAAAUUAACUGGUCGUGAAUGGUCUAGCUCUUUGUGGGGUUUCGAACGUCGUGAGCAUAUUGGCGCCGAAAAGAAAUCCAUUUAUAAAUUGCAAUGCCACUCUUUGAUAUCGGCAAUGCGUUUUGUUGCUAAAAAUAUUCUCCUCAUAUCCUUUCAUUCCGGCUGCGUCCAACUUUGGUCCACAAAAACCGAAGUGCGCAGCAUUAAUCCGUAUUGUUUGUUCAUGAUUGGGGAACGUUAUGAGCAUACUCAUCCAAUUUUAUGCUUGGAACAGUUCCAUGCUGAUUCAAAUAAAGCAAUAACCGGUGGGAAGGAUUGUAUGCUGAAGAUUUGGGACAUGGGAAAGGCAGAUUUGACUUCCGUUCAUACUUUACGACACGCUCAUAGCGAUGUUAUUACUGGUAUUGCCACUUCUCUAAGUCAGCCGAAUAUCUUUGCCAGUUGCUCCUUGGAUAAAUCUACACUCUUGUGGGAUGAUCGACAAGCACGUCCAGCAAAAGCAAUAUACGACAAUCACACAGACUGCUUCAAGGCUUGCGCCUGGGCAACAAAGGCCAUAUCUCCAGACGAAAAGAUCAUCCAUCUCGGCGACGAAGAUGGUAAAAUUCUUACAUGUGAUAUACGAAAGCCAAAUGAAUACAUUGAAAAAUUUACUUAUAACGACAAACCGGUCAGGAAGAUUCUUCCAAGGGGCUCCCGCUUAGCUGUGAUUGGUGAUUCAAAUAAAGUGAAAGCCUUCGAUGGAGAUGUACAAAUUUAUGAAUCGUCCGAACCAAGAAAUUUCGUUCGUGACGGACUCUGGACAUCGGACGAUGAAUUUUUUACAAUUGGAUUCGAUGGACAAUUAAGGACGCACGUUGUAGUUGCGCCACACCGUUGCGGACAGUGUGAUGAGUGUGUCGCCGAUUUGGAGAAAAAACAAAAAAUAUUAAAUCUUCCAAAACAAGAAGAAACACCAUGAAUAAUUGGUUAAAUUUAAAAAAAAAAUGUUUUUCUUUCAAAACAAAAAACAUAAAGUUUUUAUCUCCUAUAUUUUGCCUUAAAAAAUAAUAAUUGCUUACGCUUUUGGCAAUAAUAUGAUAUAUAAAAAAACACACACUACCACACCUCCCCCGCAAAAAAAAAUACAACUAAAAAAAAAAACAAAAUUCGUUUGCAUUAUCUAUUAAAUUCUUUUUAAUUAGUGUUAGCUGAUGUCUAUAUAAAUAAAUCAAUAUAGAUAUUAGAUAAAAUGACAACAAAAAGGUAAAGAAAAACGAGAAAAAAACAGUUCCACUUGGUAAGAGGAAACAUUUUAAAAAUUGUUAUCAAUAGAAAAAAGAAAAAAACAAAAUUGGACGAAUGUUAAAAUUAAAAUUUAAAACAAAAAAUGUGAAGACAGAACCAAAUUACAUCUGAGGUUUAUUGGUAAAUAAAAAAACGAAACUAAGAUAUUUUUGCAUAAAAA